AUGUUGCUGGUGUCACUGCUGCUGAUGGCGAUGGAUUGCUGCCAUGGAGCUCCGGCCGGGAGAGAGGUGUACAGGAUGCCUCCGAGUGCUCUGAAAGGUAAGGGGCCUUCUCUGCGUGUCAUUUGAACAGUGUCUCGUUUGUGUUUUACUGUCUCAUAGUCACUGUUGUCAUACCUUUGCACACUGCAAGGGUUACGUUUCUCAUGUCAAUUUCAUGGCUAUUCACUGAAUAACAUGUCACCUAGUGUGGAUGAUAUAGAGCAGGGUUUCCCAAACUCGGUCCCCGGGACCCUAAGGGGUGCACGUUUUGGUUUUUGCCCUAGCACUACACAGCUGAUUCAAAUAAUCAACUAAUAAUCAAGCUUUGAUCAUUUGAAUCAGCUGUGUAGUGUUAGGGCAAAAACCAAAACGUGCAUCCCUUGGGGUCCCGAGGACCGAGUUUGGGAAACGCUGAUGUAGAGAGUACGUUUAUUGCAUACGUUAAUGCUGUGGGAGACUAGCAUUAGUGGUAGUGAUGACUUUCACUUGAAUGCUGCUUGGUUUUGUCAUUGACACUGCACAUUGAGUCUGCUGCACGAUCAAGUCUACUGUUGCCACAAGUUGGUGUCUCCACAGUUUAGAGGAGCUCGCUUUCAGCUAUCUGAUCUUGAGCUUGUCACUUGAAAUAAAACAAGAUUUUCUUGGUAGUGUGAGGAUGAUCUAUUCUAUUUAGUGUUUUGAUCAGAAAUACUCUCUGACCUUGUGACGGCACAGUAAGCUAUAGGCCUAUGUAGCAACUUAUCCGAGGUCAAAAGCCAAACGGAUACAUAUUGGUAAACUGGGUUUACACAGUGAACAGACAGUACUGUAUAACAUGGUGACAUGUUCCAGACAUUAGUAAGUUGUUUGGUGUCAGUGUUAUAAUAAUAAAUAAUAUAUGCCAUUUAGCAGACUCUUUUAUCCAAAGCGACUUACAGUCGUGUGCAUACAUUUUAAGUAUGGGUGGUUAGUCACUGGGACUAUGCAGCAUUAGAAAGCACAAGCGUUACAAUUAGCAGGAUCAGGAAGCAUUUCUCUACGAGGAGCAAUUCAUAGCAGAAUAAGCAUGGGAUAGAUAAAACUGUUUGUCCAAGCAGGCUUCUCUAAUCCUGUUCACUGCCGAGGUAAUCUUGACAUCUACAUAACAGUGAGUGAAGUAGGGUUUACUGUUGUAUCACAGUCAAAUGGACCUUGCACAUGCAGGCACAGCUCCAGCCAAAUCUCAUCCUGAUGAGUACAAUCACUUACAAUACCUCUUUUAUAAUAAGAAUGGAUUGGUAGCCUUGAUCACUUCCCUGAGCUUUCCCAGGGCUGUUACAGCAGCUAGCCUGAUCGGCAUGAAUCAUAAGAGUAGAGAUCCCUAGAUCUCUUUUGGGUGAAGUGCUGAGUACAGCAGAGACUUGGUGAUGAAGGUGGCGCGCAGCGCUGAGGGUUUGUAGCAGUUUGAAACAAGGGUCCCAAGAGGUGCAGGGUUUCUGCUGCCCCUGUCCUGCCAGCCCGUGUCCCUUUUUCCUCCAUGCUUCGGCCGUCUCUGCCAUCUAAUUAAGUCUUCAAUCAGCAUUGUCGUCGUUAGCUAGCGGCCUGCCCUGUGAUGUGGCGCGCUCAGCGGAGGGGCGCGGGGGCGGCGGCACAAUUGAAGUGCGUCCGCACAGCCCUCACCGGCGUGUUUGUGCGUGAGCUCGCUCCACUAACGCGCUGCCAAAGGGCUCAAAGAGCAGCAGGAGGAAAAUGGGUCUCCGCACAGUGACACACACACACAUAAAAGCACACUGUACUCGCUCCUACAAGCACACACACAAACACAGAGUGCUGUCAACUACUCCGACUUUCCCACACUCAAGGAAUGUCAUGUGUAUGUCCUCCGAAUGUGCGUCCUAUAAUCACAUCUCCUCCGAGAGUACCACGCAAACGUGCCUGAAAGUUGUCUGAAUGAAAUACAAACCUGUCAUAAUGCCGUAACAGUAUAAGACUGUCUCAACUGUUCUGAAUAGUCUAAAGCUGUGCGUCUGUGUGCCAGUGCUGAGAGUCACAUUGCUGACUUUCUACUGUUCAUUUCAGCACUGACCGAGAUGUUUGCUGUUGCUCUCUCUCUCUCUCUCCCUCUCUCUCUCUCUCUCUCUCUCUCUCUCUCUCUCUCUCUCUCUCUCUCUCUCUCUCUCUCUCUGUAGCUCUAUCGGACCGGGGUACUGUGGUUCUGGAGGCGGCGUUGACCAGUGCUCUGUCGGCUCUGGAGCUGGCAACAUCGGAGCGGAGUCAGGCCGAAGCAGGCUGUAGAGACUGUGUACCCUGUCUCUUUCAGGACUGCGGACAGCGCUCCGGAGCCUGCUGUAAGGAACCAUCCAUAGCUUUUAUCGCUCUCUUCCCAUCACCCAUGUGACAACAACAUGAGGCUAGGUCUUAAGAGUGUUUUAAUGUCUGUUGUUGUGCUGAGUGAGAUAAGUGUUAAAGAAGUUCAUAACUCUCAUAAGAAUCACACAAGAUGAGAAGAGCGGUGUUCAUACAUGGUGCCAUUUAAUCAGUGUGGUUGUAGUCAUGGCCUCAUCUCUACUUCCUCUUUACAGCCUCUCUGGACGGCGCAUUGGCCGAGCCCAGCUGUGACGUCAUUACCAAGGCCCAGAAGGUUCCGGAGGAGGGCGAGCGGAGCUGGGCGCUGAGCCAGGCGUGCGGGUACUACCGGCGGCGGUGCCCGCCGGGCGACACGGAGAAGGAGGCGUGUGUGAGGAUCAUGGGCGAGAGCUGCAGUGCCCGCGUGCUCCAGUGUAGCCUCCUGAACACCAUGCAGAACCUGGAGCCUGCCACACAGACACGCACACAGGGUGGGUGAGCAACACACACAAUUUACACCAUAUUGGGUUGUAUUCAUUAGGGCACACUGUAGCAAAACAUUUUGCAACAUAAAAUGAAAAACAAGUUCCGGUAGUAGUACGUCUCUGUUUCAGUGGGUUUUCUUCGGUUUGGUGCCUAAUAAAUAUGAUCCUGAGUUCUGUAUUACUUUGUCUGCUGAUUGAAAUUGUGGAACUCUUUGGAACCCCCUGACUCUCCCCCCUCUCUCUCCCAGCAGCAGUGUGUGGCCAGAGGCUGUCGGCGGUGCAGAACGUGACCCAGCCCCGCUCCCGUAUUGUGGGGGGUUCCCCGGCCCCCCCUGGCAGCUGGCCCUGGCUGGUCAACCUGCAGCUGGACGGGGGGCUGAUGUGUGGAGGGGUGCUGGUGGACAGCUCCUGGGUGGUGACCGCCGCUCACUGCUUCGCUGGGUAAGUGUGUGUAUGUGUGGGUCCUUUUGUACUGGUUGUUUGGUACUGGUUGUCAAACCGAAAAAGAGUGUGACACGUCUCUUCUAUUUUUGUCUCUCUGAAUGUUUUCCCUCAAAGUAAAAGUUCAGCAUAAUUGACCUUAUCCCGCUCUUUCUCUCUCUGUAUUUCUCUGCUGUAGCAGUCGCAGUGAGAGCUACUGGACGGCUGUGGUGGGAGAGUUUGAUAUCACCAAGCCCGACCCUGACGAGCAGGUGCUCAAGGUCAACCGCAUCAUCUCCCAUCCCAAGGUGUGUUUCUCAUACGUGUUUUCUUACUGUGUAUCCUGCCUUCAAACAGAGCUGCAUCAAUACUACCGUUUAAGAAUCGUAGCACUGUCUGUUCUCUAAAGAUCAAAUGUUCUGGCUAGAGCAAUGCAAUUCAUUCAUCAAUUCAUUGAUCAAUCAGUCAAACACGUUAGUCAAUCAACUUAAUCAAGCCUCCCUCCUCUCUGUGCAGUUCAACCCCAAGACGUUUAACAACGACAUAGCGCUGGUGGAGCUGACGUCUCCAGUGGUCCUGUCGGACCGUGUGACCCCUGUGUGUCUGCCAUCAGGUCUGGAACCACCUACUGGCAGCCCCUGUCUGGUGGCCGGCUGGGGCUCCCUCUACGAAGGUACGUCUAGUAUUUUAACCGUCAUUAAUAAACGAUGAAUUCACCAAAGAUGUGUGGAGCUAUCUUAAGAUGGAUGCACUAACUGUAAGUCGCAAAUGUAAAAUGUAAAUGUGAGCUACAAUACAACUGUAUAUAUAUCAUUCUGUACAUGUUUUUACAAAGUUUUCUGUUUCUCAAGUAACGUUUUUGGCCAGGUUAUUUACCUGUAUAGGGUUAUAGACAUCAUUUGUAUAGAAAAGCAAACGCAUUGACUUAAGGAAAUGGCUAAAUGGAACUUUGGUUUGAAGCCGUUACACACAGUAUGAUAUGUACAUAUGGAAGAUUAUGGCAUUUUGGCACUCAUUAAACUACUUCCUGUCUAUCUCCUCAGAUGGUCCUUCAGCUGACGUGGUGAUGGAGGCUAAGGUUCCCCUGCUGCCCCAGAGCACCUGUAAGAGCUCCCUGGGCAAGGAGCUGGUCACCAACACCAUGCUGUGUGCCGGAUACCUCUCUGGGGGCAUCGACUCCUGCCAGGUGGGUGGCACUGCCAUAUCAAUGGACUGAGAUUUAAGAUAAUGUCAUUCCCAGGUCCCUUCCUAACAUUGGACUGACUCCGAGUAAUGAGAUUGAAGAUUUGUCUUUGCAUUUGUUUAAAUGUAAUCAAAAUGUAAUCCAGAGCUGUGCUCCUGUGCAUUUAUAUUGUGGUGAGUGUGGUCCUCUGUAGUUCAGUUGGUAGAGAGCAUAGCGCUAACAAUGAUAGGAUAGUGGGUUCGAUUCCCGGGACCACCCAUACGUAAAAAAUUUAUGCACGGCAUGCAUGACUGUUAAGGUGUCAGCAUGCUUCAGUUCGGCUGGCCAAACGAGUGUGCUCGCAUACUCCCUUAAAAGACCUUCAUUUGAAAAACGAGAAUAGUACUGUUUGUCCAUUUUGAGACACUGUAGCCAGUAUACACUUCCUGAAAAUAGUCAGAAUUUAUCACGUUUUUGCCAAGGAGAUCUUUGUUGUGCAAUUUUACAUCUAACUAAGAUGUUUGGUGCAUUAUUUCUGAAAUAUAUUUUUGGGGCAUGAAAACGAGGCGUCUCUUGUUGAAUGACAACAAAGACUUUUAUUGAAGAAUCCCUACUGUUGACCAAUCACCGACGAAGGGGCGUAGACUUCGGCUACCGACUUCGGCUUGCCUCCAGAAAAAAAAAUGGUGUGCUCGAACAGCCGAAAAAGUCAAAAAUGAACAAAAACGCCACAAAAUGUAAUCAUAAUAUAUGCACAAACUCUUCCGAACUGUUUCGGCUGGGAAGCAUGUGGACGCCUUAAGUCGCUUUGGAUAAAAGUGUCUGCUGAAUGGCAUAUUUACGAUUUCAUAGCGGAGUACUUUAUAGCUGUAAUACUGUGUGUGUCCUGUAGGGGGAUUCUGGAGGCCCUCUGAUCUACCAGGAUCGUAUGUCAGGUCGCUUCCAGCUGCACGGCAUCACGUCCUGGGGAGACGGCUGUGGGGAAAAGGGCAAACCUGGGGUCUACACACGGGUCAGCGCCUUCUCCGAUUGGAUACUGGCUGAGAUACAGAGUAACUAACUUUUUUUUUAAACACCAUAAUUUUUUGAAGCUACAAUGCUUUGCAAUGCAUUUAAAUGAUUGGUUCUAAAGCUUUUGAAGUGAAACCUUUUUAAACAUAUUACGUAUCCUGAUAUGAAUCAUGAUACAGUACUGAACCAGCAUUCUAACAUUCACUCCCUGGUUUACCCAGAGUCCUUUGGGAGUCGGGAGCCAACUUGUCCUGAGCUGCUGAAGACGUCGGAGCUGUCGGAGGAGCAGCAGAGGUCGGAGUUUGGCUCUCUGUGUCGCUUCUACGCCCAGACCUGCCCCCCCAGCCAGGGGGCCGCCGCCUGCAACCGCCUUGUAGAAGAGAAAUGUCGCAUCCGCUUCAAGAAGUGCCGUAAGUGUUUGACUUGAAACAUUCACAGCAAUUUUUUUCUGUUUUAUUAUAACAUUCAUGACACCUAAAGUGAGCAUGAGGACCUUGAACUCUCAACUGCCCUAUGUUUAGUGCAUAAAAAAUGAACCACCCCUCUAUUGCAGGGGUGUUCAACCGGGAAUCUCUCUGUGUGUGUGUGUGUGUGUGUGUGUGUGUGUGUGUGUGUGUGUGUGUGUGUGUGUGUGUGUGUGUGUGUGUGUGUGUGUGUGUGUGUGUGUGUGUGUGUGUGUGUGUGUGUGUGUGUGUGUGUGUGUGUGUGUGUGUGUGUGUGUGUGUGUGUGUGUGUGUGUGUGUGUGUGUGUACAGUGCAUUCAGAAAGUAUUCAGACCCCUUGACUUUUUCCACAUUUACAGCCUUAUUCUAAAAUGGAGAAUUGUUUUUUUCCCUCAUCAAUCUACACACAAUACCCCAUAAUGACAAAGCAAAAACUGUUUUUUAUAGAUUUUUGCAAAUUAAUAAAAAAAUCUAAUAUGACAUUUACAUAAGUAUUCAGAACCUUUACUCAGUACUUUGUUGAAGCAACUUUGGCAGCGAUUACAUCCUCAAGUCUUCUUGAGUAUGACGCUACAAGCUUGGCACACCUGUAUUUGGGGAGUUUCUCCCAUUCUUCUCUGCAGUUCCUCUCAAGCUCUGUCAUGUUGGAUGGGGAGCAUCGCUGCACAGCUAUUUUAAGGUCUCUCCAGGGAUGUUUGUUCGUACUCUGGCUGGGCCACUCAAGGACAUUCAGAGACUUGUCCCGAAGCCACUCCUGCGUUGUCUUGGCUGUGUGCUUACGGUUGUUGUCCUGAUGGAAGGUGAAGUCCAGGAUCCAGUUGCAGAGAGAGGUGUUUAGUCCCAGGAUCCUUAGCUUAGUGAUAAGCUUUGAGGGCACUAUGGUGUUGAACACUGAGCUGUGGUCAAUGAAUAGCAUUCUCACGGAGGUGUUCCUCUUGUCCAGGUGGGAAAGGGCAGUGUGGACUGCAAUAGAAAUUGCAUCAUCUGUGGAUCUGUUGGGGCGGUAUGCAAAUUGGAGUGGGUCUAGGGUUUCUGGGAUAAUGGUGUUGAUGUGAGCCAUGACCAGCCUUUCAAAGCACUUCAUGGCUACAGACGUGAGUGCUACGGGUCGGUAGUCAUUUAGGGAGGUUUUCUUAGUGUCCUUGGGCACGGGGACAAUGUUGUUGCUUGAAACAUGUUGGUAUUACAGACUCAGUCAGGGACAUGUUGAAAAUGUCAGUGAAGACACUUGCCAGUUGGUCAGCACAUGCUCGGAGUACACGUCCUGGUAAUCCGUCUGAAUGUUGACCUGCUUAAAAGUCUUACUCACAUCGGCUACGGAGAGCGUGAUCACAUAGUCAUCCGGAACAGCUGUUGCUCUCAUGCAUGCUUCAGUGUUGCUUGCCUCGAAGCGAGCAUAGAAGUGGUUUAGCUCGUCUGGUAGGCUUGUGUCACUGGGAAGCUCGCGGCUGUGCUUCCCUUUGUAGUCUGUAAUAGUUUUCAAGCCCUGCCACAUCCGACGAGCGUCAGAGCCGGUGAAGUACGAUUCAAACUUAGUCCUGUAUUGACUCUUUGCCUGUUUGAUGGUUUGUCGGAGGGCAUAGCGAGAUUUCUUAUAAGCGUCCGGGUUAGAGUCCCGCUCCUUGAAAGCGGCAGCUCUACCCUUUAGCUCAAUGGGGAUGUUGCCUGUAAUCCAUGGCUUCUGUUUGGGGUAUAUACGUACGAUCACUGUGGGGAUGACGUCAUCGAUACACUUAUUGAUGAAGCCAGUGACUGAUGUGGUGUACUCCUCAAUGCUAUCUGAAGAAACCCGGAACAUGUUCCAGUCUGUGCUAGCAAAACAGUCCUGUAGCUUAGCAUCUGCGUCAUCUGACCACUUUUUUAUUAACCGAGUCACUGGUGCUUCCUGCUUUAGUUUUUGCUUAUAAGCAGGAAUCAGGAGGAUAGAGUUAUGGUCAGAUUUGCCAAAUGGAGGGCGAGGGAGAGCUUUGUAUGCGUCUCUGUGUGUGGAGUAAAGGUGGUCUAGAGAUUUUUUCACUCUGGUUGCACAUUUAACAUGCUGGUAGAAAUUAGGUAGAACGGAUUUAAGUUUCCCUGCAUUAAAGUCCUCGGCCACUAGGAGCGCUGCCUCUGGAUGAGCGUUUUCCUGUUUACUUAUGGCCUUAUACAGCUCAUUGAGUGCAAUCUUAAUGCCAGCAUUGGUUUGUGGUGGUAAAUAGACAGCUAUGAAAAAUAUAGAUGAAAACUAUCUUUGUAAAUAGUGUGGUCUACAGCUUAUCAUACUACAGAGUCCUUUAGGUGCCUUUUGGCAAACUCCAAGCGAGCUGUCAUGUGCCUUUUACUGAGGAGUGGCUUCCGUCUGGCCACUCUACAAUAAAGGCCUGAUUGGUGGAGUGCUGCAGAGAUGGUUGUUCUUCUGGAAGGUUCUCCCAUCCCCACAGGAAUUCUGGAGCUUUGUCAAAGUGACCAUCGGGUUCUUGGUCACCUCCCUGACCAAGGCCUUUCUCCCCCGAUUGCUCAGUUUGGCCGGGCGGCCUGCUCUAGGAAGAGUCUUGGUGGUUCCAAACGUCUUCCAUUUAAGAAUGAUGGAGGCCACUGUGUUCUUGGGGAGCUUCAAUGCAGCAGACAUUUUUUGGUACCCUUCCCCAGAUCUGUGCCUCGACACAAUCCUGUCUCGGAGCUCUACGGACAAUUACAUGUCAACUGUAGGACCUUAUAUAGACAGGUGUGUGCCUUUCCAAAUCAUGUCCAAUCAAUUGAAUUUACCACAGGUGGACUCCAAUCAAGUUGUAGAAACAUCUCAAGGAUGAUCAAUGAAAACAGGAUGCACCUGAGCUCAAUUUCGAAUCUCAUAGCAAAGGGUCUGAAUACUUACGUAAAUAAGGUAUUUCUGUUUUAGUUUUUCCAUAAAUUAGCAACAUUUAUAAAAAACGGUUUUUGCUUUGUCAUUAUGGGGUAUUGUGUGUAGAUUGAUGAUGGAAAAAAUUAAUUGAAUCCAUUUUAGAACAAGGCUGUAACGUAACUAAAUGUGGAAAAAGUCAAGGUGUCUGAAUAAUUUACGAAUCCACUGUAUAUAUUAUAUAUUUGUGUGUGAUUUAUUUGUAUUUAUUAUUUCAAUGUUUAUAUGAAUAUCAAUAGCAACAACAGAAUAAACAAAUGUUGAAUGACCUACAGUAGAAAAGAGGAGAAUGUUUUCUUUCUAAUGAUGUCAACUUUAUUUCUCAACUCUUAAUAUUGAGCAAAUUCCACUCAUUGGAGCAAAUUACACUUCCUGGAGUAUCUGACAUAAGGCUUUGAAAAAGCACCUGCAAAUAGGCUACCAGUGCAGCAAGUGCUGAAAAGCAUUGAAAAUAAUUUGAAUUUCAGUGUACAUCCUGAAUUGACUGGAAUUUAAAUGGAAUUGACCCCAACCCUGUGGCUAAACUUUGUGUAACCAGAUUAACAGCUGCUCUUAGUGGAAACAUUAGGAGUUACCUUUCUAGCUAAUAGGCUAUGAUAGAGUUUACACUUCCUCUUCAAAUUGUAAUGUGGGGAUGUCAAAAUUAUGAACUAUCUACAAAAUCUAUGAAUUUUGAAAUGUUUCUUCUCCUUGCCAUUAUCAUACACCUGAUAAGACAAGAUGUAAAUCAAAUAUUUGCCUGGGAAGGGGGUCCCUGGGCAAGAAAAGUUUGAAGACUAUUGUAUAAAGCAAUAAUGAUGAUGAUAAUAUUGUUGUAGUGGAGAUGGAUAUUGGAUCUUGUAAUGAGCUAUUUCUCUACAGAUUACUCAAACCAUGUCUUUCUCUGGUCUUUAAUAAUGUAUCCUUGAUUUCGCCUCUCUCCUCCUCAGAGUUGCGUUCGUUCCUGCAGACCCUGCUGGACUUGCUCCAGAGAGCAGAGGACUACAUCAGAGACAAGGUAGACCUGACCUUCUUCACCCAGACCCUGCCUCAGCUGGUGGAACAUAUCUACAGUACAGCCUUCACCGCCAAGGAGAGGGAGAAGAGGGGAACAGGUAAAACACAGGCACCCCACUACUGUCCUCUUUCUAGCCCCAUCGUACUCUCCAUUCCUCCCCAUUCUGUUACUCUCCUACAUUCGUCUUAUCCCCCACCUCCACACACCUUACUACUCCACAUCACAGUACUGUAACCCCCUACAGCCCUGCUACCCCCACAACAACCCCAUUCCUCCUUAAAACCAUGUCCAAAAACACACUCUUACCCACACAGCCUACCUUAGCUUUUUUUCAAUCGAUAGGAAUGCUAUUUUUUAAUUUAUUAUUAUUAUUAUUAUUAUUAUUAUUAUUAUUAUUAUUAUUAUAUUAAUACAGAGGUGUGUGUCCCAUGGCCAUGGCAUGUGUGUAACAGGGGUAUUAUUUGUUAAAGAACAGGUAUGGGGUGCUGUCCGGUCAGGGUCAGAGGAGACGGGUCCUGGGUUGUUCCAGAAGGUAGGCCCCCUGGUGGCUGACUGGGAGAACUACCUCAGGUGCAUCGCUGUGGAGUUGGACACACAGACACAUGGAGAGACAGACGGACAGACAGACUGCUCCAAAUCCCUGAACCAAGAAGAGAGUCUUUUCCUCCAGGUAGGCUAUAGUGAACUCAACUCUUCAACACUUUGUAAAGAUCAUUUUUCAGUCACUUUGUCUGUCUUGGGAACUCGCUUUAUGAUCCUCUCUCAUGUUGACCACAGGCUUAUAUGAGGCUGUGCUGUUUUACUUUAUAUUCAGUAGCUAUAUCAACACUACAGUUUGCUUUAAUGGUGUACUAUGCUAUACUGUUGCUAUAUGUAAAUGUUUGUCUGUGCUUUACUACACCCGUUUUUAACCCUGUUUAUGAUGCCAUUUCCAGGCAGAGGACCCCUCUCUGCAUCAGCUAGAGGGGAAGUACCAGACCAUCAUCUCAGCCUUACGCUCCAAACUGGACUCCAGACCUGCUCCUCCAAUCCUGCACCUGAAUACAGCCCUCCUCCAGGAAAACUCUCCCAACAUUCCUGCAGUUCCCACCAGAGUGUCGCCCACUUCAUUCCCCCCUCAGGGGUCAGAGUCGCUCACAGCCCUCAUCAGUGAACUCCGGAAAUUUGGGACACAGAAUGAAAUGGCGACAGAAGAUGCAGAAAUUAGUGUAACAUCUUUUGAAGAGGACACGUUUUCUGAUCCAACACCAGUCGGUUCAAUGGAGACUUCAGAUUGGCUUAACAAAGCUGUGACUGAACAGACAACCUUACAGCGCCUGUUCCCGUCUCUGUCCGCCAUCGGCAGCACCAUGUCUCCCACAGCAACGACCUCUGACUCCAGACAGACUCUACUUCCUGGUUCUCCCUCCCUCUGGCUGUUUCUCGACCACAGGAGACGCAGGAGUCUCCGCAAGAGGCAGAUACCUGGGGUUAAAGGUACGUGUUACAACUAGUACUAUAUGUCUGUACUGUAUGUAUCUGUGAUGGAACAGCUCUGUAAUCAACAGUGUCACAUUGUUACGACCCUGAUUAUUAUUUUUAUUUUUUUCUGACCAUGUGACAUGACUAGGAAACACUCUGGGCCCUAGAUAGAGGCUAAACAUAAGGCUUGGAGUUGUUCCUGGUCAGGUCACGUGGUCAGGAAAACCCCCUAGCCCCACUCAUAGCAUCUGUGUAUGUUAACAUUAUCAGUACUGGAUAUUAGCAAACAUAAUAAUAGGUUGUGGGUGUUUGACAGCUUGUCCAGGAGUAGCAGAGUCCACCCAGCAUGUGAGUGGUAUCAGAGACACGUACAAGUGGAUCCUGGGCAUCCCCACCAAGAACCUCCGCAUGAACUUCCAGGAGGUGAGUUUCUCUGCACAGCAAUAUUUACAAGGUCUUAUUUAUAAGGCAUAUAAUUAUGUAGAUAUUGGGAUUAAGAUUGAAAUUGAAGUCAACUCAAACCAAUUAGACUUUUUCAUCACUUUUUCUCUAUUCAAGUAAUGUGUUACUGUCACUGAAUAACUGUGUCAUCAUGUCCUGUGUUGUUGUCCUCCUCUCAGGUGCUGGUGGACCUGAGCUCUAAGAACGAUCGGGGUCUGUACGAGGCUCGGGUCAGGGCGAUGGUGGGGGGUCGACCUCUGACCUUCUACAGCCUGGUGGGUCUGGAGAACGAGUCCUUCUACCGUAGCAUGCCGCGCAUCAUCGCUCUGGCGCUGGACGCUCUCAAAACGUAA